GCGCAAAUUUUUUCAGUCAUUUAUUUUGCGCAUCGCAUUAAGGUCAAUAAAGUCCUGCCGACUUUAAAAAUUAAGCAUUUUAUUUUAGUGAUAUGUUUACUGGCUCACAAGCCACCACCAAAUGGGUAGUGAACUGAAUGUAACAAGAAGCGAAAGCAGGUGUGCAGGCUGCAUGUUCACGAUCAUUCCCGCCGCCAGUGAUGCCCGGGGCCCAGUUCUGUAAAAGCUGGGGCCUGUAUGUCAUCCACUUUAUUUUUAACAUCAUUAUUAUCUUUAUGAGUGUAGUAAGCAGGACAUGGAUUGGAAAUAUUUUAUCAAUUAUUUGGAAUUGGACGGGCGGCUGGUUCAGCUGGACGCGUCAGUCCGACACAAUGCUACGGAAUGUUGAGAAGAGAAUAUUGUCAUGUCUGAAGACAGCAUACAAGCGGUUUUAUGUGGACAUCGGUUCCGUGGUGGGACAGAGCGACAGGAUAUGGACCAUCUCCUUGAACGACGAGGCGCCGGCCACGCCUCUAGUUAUGCUGCACGGGAUGGGCGCCGGCGUGGCGCUGUGGUGCCCCAAUCUUGACGUCCUGGCCGCUAAUAGGCCGGUGUACGCCAUCGACUUGUUAGGUUUCGGCCGCAGCUCCCGCCCCAAGUUCUCAACGGACGCAGACAAAGUGGAAGCGCAGUGGGUGGAGUCCGUGGAGGAAUGGCGGCGGGAGGUCAACAUCCGGCAGUUCAUCUUGUUGGGGCACAGCCUCGGCGGGUACAUCGCCACGGCGUACGCGCUUAAAUACCCUGAGAGAGUACAACACCUCAUCCUUGCCGACCCUUGGGGCUUCCCCGAGAAGCCCGCGAACGUGCAUGAAAAGUACCAGAUUCCCCUUUGGGUCCGCGCAGUCGCCACAGCCGUAUCCCCCCUCAACCCGCUAUGGGCCGUGCGCGUUGCUGGCCCGGCCGGGAAGUGGCUCAUUAGCAAGACGAGGCCGGACCUGUCCAGGAAGUACAUGAACUUUGUGCCCGACGCGGAGACGGUUAUACCGGAUUAUAUACACCAGUGCAACACGCAGACUCCUAGUGGUGAAAGCGCGUUCCACACAUUAAUGCACGGCUUCGGGUGGGCAAAGAACCCGAUGGUGAAGCGAGUGUCCAAACUGGACGCCAACCUGCCCGUCACUCUGCUGUACGGCAGCCGGUCCUGGGUGGACAACAGCACGGCGCAGGUGCUGGCGGACCAGCGGCAGAGCCCUCACAACACUCUAGUGCAGGUGAUCAACGGUGCCGGCCACCACGUUUAUUUAGACAAGCCCGAGCUCUUCAACAAGUACGUGCUCGAAGCGUGCGCCCGCACCGACGGACCCACCGAGCCUUCCAGACCUGCGGUCGAGCCAGCGAGACCCGAAAACGAGCCAGCGAGACCCGCAAUCGAACCCGCGAAACCAGAAAGCGAGCCGGCGAACCCCGAGCGAGCGAGCGACGGGCGAGCGCCCAACAACACGGCUUCUUGAUCGUAGCCAUAUCUGUACUGCUAAUCACGGAGCGAGUGAUUCAAAGCGGUUAUUUGCUUUAUUGUAUCCUGUUUACCGGUGGCGUGCACAUAGUUUUAUGCAGACAUUAACUUGCAAUUAUGAAAUCCGGUAGCCAGGAGGGAAAAUCGGGUGCUGAAAAUACUGUAAUUUUUAACAGUUUGACGUCCAUGUAAGCCUGUAAAGAGGCAGAGCUGUGCUUUAACAUUUGUAACUGUAUUCUGCCGUAUUGAGCCUAAAUGUUGCAAUUUGAGAGGUAACAAAGGCUGUCGUUGAAAUUUGAAUCUUCAUGCUCAGACAUUAGGGUUUCUUGAACUAUUCUUUAAGUACUUUUAAUAAUGCAUUAGCUUGGCAAGUACCUAUUGCAUGGAAAUUAUGUUUUGAUUGUGACGAAUUAGAUAAUUUAAAUAAUACAAUAGCGUAGUUAUCAACUACGGGGCCACUAUUCGCCAAUCUUUCCUUAUGAGACGAAACUAAGGUAUACAAUGAGAUAAGUACUCUUCGCUGGACUAGGCACGCUAGAAUAUAAAUAGGUAUAUUAUUGAAUUCUAUUUAAUAGAAGCAGGGCAUAUAUACAUUAAUUAGAUAGAUACUUUACGUGUGUUUUUUCCUAGAAAGCAUCCUCAGGACCAGUUGCACCAACAGUUACCACAGUUAGCGGCCUGGUCAACGUCACUCAGCAGUGAUCUAUGAAACAUCCCGUACAAUAAAAUUUAAAUACGCUUUAAGGUUGACAGACGGCUUGGUGCAACUGACUCUUAUUUAUAGAUAACUACAUAUACGAUCUUUCGAGUAACUGCGACGAAAUGUUGGUAACCAAUUGUAAGAUAAUUUUUGAUUCUGAAAAUAGUGUUAUUUACUACUAAAAUACUAUUCCUGUAAUACCUUGCAUACAACGUGUUUAGCUCUUCUUUACCAAAUAAUAGAUAAUUGUAGUAAAGAGUACGUAAAACUUGCCUUAUUUACUUUAAUAGUCUGCAAACACUUAUAAUAAUAUUAUCUCUGUAUUCCAGUACUUUCACAUAAUAUUAAGAUGUAAGAGUUUAGUUUAGAAGUAAUAGUUUACUGGAGUGUUUAUACGCUAUUUUAAUAAUAUUAACAUGUAUACGAACACUGCCGGUCUAAAACUGUAAACAUCUUAAUUUUCAUAAAAUUAUGUGUAUGUAAUUGAUAUUGCAGAUAUAAAUGUAGAAACUUAUCCAGUUGUAUGAAAAACUUUACACUGAAAUGUAAUACGAAAGCAAAUAAAUUAAUAGCUGUAAAACUUUAAAUAUUGCCGUUGUAUUAUACAUAUACGCAGCCACCUCCCUAGGGCAAGAGAAAAAUUAAAUUUAGAAUAUUAAGUGCCAGUUGCACCAUCUGCACUUGACAGACUGAUCAACGUCACCCGGCGCGCCGCGGCGUUUUACUAUGAAACUUUACAUACAAUAAAAUUUUGCGAACUCUAACGACGACAACCAGUUUGAUGCAACCGACCCUAAGUGUGAAUUUGAACCGUUGUGUAAUGUAACAAACACUAAAUUUGUUAGUUAUGAGUUGUUGUUUAAUGUUAGGUCACUAAUUAUAAAAUAAGAAUUAUUUUCCCGCGUUGAUGGCUUGUGUAGAAAUCGCAUUGUAGAGGCCACGCACAUAAACACCCGUGUAUGUUUAGACAUGAGAACGUCAGCUCCAUUUUCAAUUUAAAAUUCUUAUCCAUACUAUUAUUACUUGUGUAAAAUUCCAUAUUGCCUUUCUCUAAAUUGCGAGACUUAUACACAGUAAGCUACUCGGUUGUAAGGAUUAUCACAUCCAUGGGUCUAGGGGUAGUACCAUAUUAUAGUCGGUAUAACUAUUGUUACAUAAUCUUUGAAAUCUAAAUCUCUUUCCCAGAUAUGUAUGAACUAUUCUUUACUAUUUUUAUGUUCUGUCCUUUUAAUAUUUUUUAUCCUAAUCCUUAUCCAUUUAAUAAUAGCCAUUCCAAAUAGUUUCCUUCUUCUAUUUUAAUAGAAAUAAAAUGUAAAAGCUUUAAAUAUAUUGUGCAAUCUAAUGCCAGUACACAGUUGCUCAGAAAUGGGUCAGGGACAAAGCCCUUUGUUCUAUUUGGUACAGAACAGUACAGUAUAAACUUAAUAUAAAUUGAAUUUCGCGCUUAGCUGAUUUAGAUUUUAGUAUUACGAGAUGAGUCAGUUUUUUCUGAUCAGUGAUCUUUAUAUUUAGAAUUUGUUUGACACUGACUUGAUUUAGCGGAAAGCACAAGUACUUUUUGACUGUUUUUAAUAGAGCAAAUUAUAUUAUGUUGUUGUUUGUUAUUUAUCCGCGAGCUUUUUGGUACGCGGUUAGAUUUUAUGUAAAUAAAUAUUAUGUA